AUGCCGCCACAGCGAGUAUUCGCCCUUCCGAGGCAACAAUCCCUGCUGCUGCCUGCGGUCAUCAAUCCGUUUGUUCAAGACACCAAACUAACCAAAGCUACUGUAAUAAAAUGUGUCCUCCUGGGAAUCUUCCUGGUCCCCAUCCGAGCCAUCCUCAUGUCCCUGGUUCUUAUGGUGACAUGGCCAGUGGCUGUCAUAAUAACCUUCAAGCAUCCCUUGAAAGGAGCAGUGGAACCAAUGACUGGCUGGAGACGGUUCAUGUGUCGGAACGUGAUGGCUGCCUUGGGCAGGGCGUACUACUUCUGUAUGGGCUUCAGAGUGGUGAUUAAGGGCAAGCAGGUCAGCAGCAGUGAGGCUCCAAUCCUGGCUGUGGCACCCCACUCCACUUUCUUUGAUGGCAUUGUGUGCAUUGUUGCAGGCUUACCAUCCACCGUAUCCCGUGUCGAGAACCUGGCCACACCCAUCUUUGGCAGGUUUGUGCGCUGCCUUCAACCAGUGCUGGUGUCUAGAAAGGACCCAGACUCCAGGAAAAAUACAAUCCAAGAGAUUGACAGCAGAGCCAAGUCAGGGGGCCACUGGCCACAGGUUCUGAUCUUUCCAGAGGGAACAUGUACAAAUCGCUCAUGUCUUAUCACUUUCAAACAAGGUGCCUUUAUCCCAGGGGUCCCUGUGCAGCCUGUGCUUAUGAGAUAUCCCAACAAACUGGAUACAGUGUCCUGGACUUGGCAGGGUUUCAGCUCGAGGACGCUGCUGCUUCUGACUCUGUCCCAGCUGUACACCACAGUAGAGAUUGAGUUCCUGCCACCAUAUAUCCCCACAGAGGAGGACAAGAAAACUCCGGCUCUGUUUGCUAGCAGAGUGCGUGGUACUAUGGCCAGAGCUUUGGGAGUUCCAGUGACGGACCACACAUAUGAAGACUGCCGCCUGAUGAUUUCAGCUGGCGAGCUAACACUUCCCAUGGAGGCCGGCCUGGUUGAGUUCACCAAAAUUAGCCGUAAACUCAAUCUGAAGUGGGACAAUGUGAAGAAAGAGCUGGAGGGCUUCGCAGCCAUGGCCAGCUCUUGUAAAGGAGGACGGAUCACCAUCGACGAGUUUGCCAGAUUCCUGAAGCUACCUGUCAGCCCACCCCUCGAGGAGCUGUUUUCACUGUUUGACAGAAACGGAGAUGGCACCAUAGACUUCAGAGAGUAUGUUAUCGGCGUGACCAUCUUGUGUCGACCAGCUAACACCGAAGAUGUUCUUCGAAUGGCUUUCCAGCUUUUUGAUACAGAUGAGGAUGAGAGAAUCACCCGAGAGGAGUUCACUGCUUUGCUGCGCUCAGCUCUGGGUGUGUCGGAUCUAAACAUGGCCAAGCUCUUCAAGGAGAUUGAUGCUGACGGCUCUGGUUUUAUCACCUUCAAUGAAUUUCAAGCCUUUGCCACGACCCACCCAGAGUACGCCAAGCUCUUCACCACCUACCUGGAGCUUCAGAGAUACCAAGCAAUCCAGGAGGCGAGGCCAGGUGAUCUGGAAUUGUCUGGUCAGACCAGUUCAGAGGAUAAACAGGAAGAUGGCGCCUCUGACAAAAAAGAUGACUGAGAUUGGCCGUAAACUCUCAUUGACUGCACUGAAAACAUUGAACACACUGCACUGAGAAGGAAAAUACAAGUUUCAUCUGCCCUCCAACGACUUUUAGCAAAUCCAAGUCACUCUCCACAGCCAUAUGAGGUUAUGUGCUUGCCUUUUUAUAGAUGAUUUUUAGAGUGCUUCUAUUUUCAAUUUUAGUGCCUUAUAGAGAUUUUGAAGAACCACUUCCCCAAGCCACUGCACAAUAAAUGUCAUGUCUGUGUUUUGGUCAUGUGUCCAUCGGAUAAAAACAAAUGAAAAGCUAGUCAUAAGAUGAAAAUAUGUCUGAUGUGGGCACUCAGUGUUUUAACUGUCUAAACCCUGCAAUCUUUAGAGUUGUAAUGUUAGUGACAGUGUUAUAUGAUGUACUCGAAUAUUUUUUCCAGAUCAUAAACUGCCUCCUCACUUGGAUACAUCAUUGUAGCCUGACUUAACCCUUGCUUGAAUGAAUAUAGCUUUGUGUACCUUCUCCUUUGUCUUUCUCCCUCUGUAAAUUAAUGAAAAAAAAAAAUUGCCAAACCAACACCUUUUUAAAAUAUAAGCCAAGAGUCCUCAUGCUUCUAUGUUGUGGUAUAAUUAGUGUACAGUAAGCUUUAUUAAGAUCUUUCCCAUCUGGAAACCCACAGAUGUUCUGUAUGAUAUUUCUCCGAAAAGCAUACAUGCUGUGCAUUACACUUUUUCCCAGCGCUCAGGGACACAGACCUUGUAAGACGGCUGUAUAAUUAGCCAGAGGUUUGCUUUGCAUGUGUAUCCAUUUGCAUUUCUACUGAAGAUUGUUGUUGUUGCUGAGACAGCAGCGUGUCUACGCAGCUAUAAGUUUACUAAAGCAAAUCAACCACUGAAAAUAGGGCAAUUUGUGAGCAAAAAGGAAACAGUGCUUCUUCAUAACAGCAUAUUCCAGUGGGGUAUGCUUUCAGAUUAACUAGCAGCACUGUUAUUUAUUUAGCAAGGUGCAUUGCAAUUAUGUGAUGUUUUUUCCCCCUUUUUUGUUAACACUGCAAAAUUUGCUUUUUAAAAUAAAAACAAGAACGCAAUUUUAA